AUGAAAAUUAGUAGUAGUAGUCAUUAUAUUUCUAAAUUUUCAUUAUUUCAUCAAAUACGCCGUGCAUUAUCGUCCUAUACUGUUCAUGAAUUGCAAUCUGACCAAUAUGGUGCACCUCUAGAAGUAUUAAAAUUAAAUAAGACACAAACAAUUGAUGGAAAUCAACUGAAAGCAAACGAAUCAAUUGUAAAAUUAAUAGCAUCACCAAUAAAUCCAGCUGAUAUUAAUAUGAUACAAGGCAAAUAUGCUAUAUUACCCAAGUCUUUCCCCGCUACAUUUGGAAAUGAAGGUGUCUUUGAAAUUGUUGAAACAAAUGUAAAAGCCGGUCUCAAACCGGGUGAUUGGGUUAUACCAAAAGUAUUAGAAUGGGGUAAAUGGCGUUCAUAUGGAAUUUUGGCAGAAAAUGAUUUAAUGUAUAUUCCAAAAAAAGAUUUAAUGCCUGAAGCUGUUGCCACAUUGUCUGUUAAUCCGUGUACAGCCGUUCGUUUAAUAAAAGAUUUUGUACAACUGGAAAAAGGUGAUACAAUUAUUCAAAAUGGAGGAAAUUCAGCAGUAGGUUUAGCGGUAAUUCAAUUGGGAAAAUUAUGGGGCUUCAAUGUGGUUAGUAUUGUGAGACAAAGAGAAAAUUUACAAGAAUUAGUUGAUUAUAUGAAAUCAAUUGGUGGAGAACACGUAUAUGUUGAGGAAGAUUUAAGAAAAGCUAUAUUAUUAACUGAUCUAUGGAAAAAAAUUCCUCGUCCAAAAUUAGGUUUGAAUUGUGUAGGUGGUCGUGCCACUAUUGAUUUGUUGCGAAUUUUAGCAAAAUCGGGUACAAUGGUUACAUACGGUGGCAUGUCAAAACAGCCGAUCACCGUACCAACAAGUGAAUUUAUAUUUAAAAAUUUAACAUGCAAAGGUUUUUGGUUAUCGAGAUGGAAAACGGAUAAUAUGAAAAAUAAUGAAUAUCAAAAAAUGUUACAUGAAUUAAUCGGCUAUAUAAAACAAGGACAUUUAAAGCCACCACAAUGUCAAUUAUUUAAAUUAGAAGACUAUGCCAAAGCUAUUGAAGCAUCAGAGCAACGGUUUUCAACAAAAAAAGUUUUAUUUAUUUCUUAA